AUGGAGUCGGUAAAGGGCUUGAUCCUCGCGGGUGGAACCUCUUCCCGAAUGAAAACUCGAAAGGAGCUGUUAUCCUUUCAGGGAGAUGUGCCAAUGUAUAGACAAUUGAUUGCCGUGCUUCAUGACGCUCUACCUGAAUCAGAUACAAUUUAUCUGUCUAUGCGAAGCAAAGCCGCCAGCCAAGCUCUUCCGGAUAUAACAACCUACGGGACCGACAGCUUUGGCCUGGAAAUUCACCAUAAAAAGCUCUGCGUCCAGAUUAUCUAUGACGACAAUGCAAGCGGAGACGAUGGCAGCGAUAUAGGACCAGCCGCGGGGCUGUUGGCCGCAUACAGGCAUGAUCCCAAGGCAAAAUGGCUGGUGAUCGCAUGCGACUAUCCUUUCCUGACAACGAACGCACUGAGGCAGUUGCUUCGACAUUCGGAAGAAGCUCCAGUCGUGUGCUUUGAAAACCAAGAGGGUUGGUAUGAGCCUCUUUUGGCAUUGUGGACGCCUCAGGCCCUGCGUCUACUGGCAAGCAAUGUUCAGAAGGGCAUUCUCGGUCCGAAGUCUGCUAUAAAAGCUGUGCAAGGAUGUGGAAUAAGGCCGUUGGAUGAACGGUGGCUGUUUAAUACCAAUAAUCGCACAGAAUGGCAAAGAGCAUUAGCUCUCAAAGAUGGC